AUGGAGAGUCUAGAAAGGAGCAGUACGGGAAGUGAAAAGUUUUCUGGGAAUAUUCUUGACACCGAUAGCUCCAUUACGAUUCUUGACAUUCCAUGCUCCAUAUCCAACACCAUUCAACCAAAAACAUCCUCAGAGGUGGCACUUCAGAGUUCGUUUCCAGAGAGUAUUGAUCCAGCAUUUGCAGAUUAUUAUUUUGUAUUUCCACAAACUCUGGAGAGUUUUGUGGGCAGAAUAAAAGACAAGAGAUUUGUCUAUAGGUUUUCUGAAAAUAAAGCUUUAGAGAUAGUCAGGUGCAAAGACCACGAAACGGUGUAUGCUCUGGAUGUCUUUGAUCUUGAAAAAGAUGAUAUUGGAGCGUGUAAUAACAGCAUCUCUCUUGUGGUGAAUAGAAGUAAAUAUCGAAGUUCUGUAAAAGCAAAGGAGGACAGAGAGUAUAGAAAAGCACUUUCAGAGGGGAGGAGAUACAUAAGAGGAAGAAGCCCAUAUGAAAGCAAGAUUGAGGCAAUCCAUCUUGAGCAGAUCACGAACAGUAGGAAUUUUGUGUUUGCUGAUGAUCCUCAAGAUCUACCUGGAGAAUUGAAAGCUAUUAUAAAACACCUCCAUUCUAAGAGAGUUCAUGUGCCUAAGACGAAGGCUUUCUCCGUGGAGCAAAAGACUGAUCACCUUCAGAAUGUCUUGCAGAACAUCCCAGGAAUAGGGAAGGAUGCUGCAAGAAGUUUGUCUCUUCAUUUCAAAAGUAUCAGCCGAUUGUAUUCAUUUCUCAAAGGAGAAAAUAACGGGCAACUGAGUGAACUUAAGGUCUGGGACUCGGAUGGAAAACAUUCUAGACCCUUGGGAGAAAAGCAAAGUGAUAAGAUAAGAAAUGCAUUUAUUGGGAAGAGUGGAAGCCUCUAA